AUGACGGGAUUCAGUAAGGAUGUGCCAGAAAGUAAGCUGCAAGAAAAUUAUCAAACAGACAAACGAAAUGCUGAAAAGGAAGACUCUAAUUUGCCCAUUUAUAAAGUGGCAUCCACAUUCUUCGGAAGAGGCAAAAUAUCACUUCGUCUAAGACGAAUAUGGUCUCCCAAUGGUGACGAAUCCAAGCCCCAUUUGAAUGAAAACGGAACACUUACAGAUAUACCGAAAGAAAAUAUUGCCAAUGGAGUCGUUCGAGUUCACAUUAAUCUACCCAACGUUUCUCCCUCAGAUAUUCUUCCAGAUCCCACAAUGUUGGGUUUCCCCGGAAGGCGUAGCCAAAGAAAGAUUAUAAAGAUGAUUAUGACGAUUGCUGGUGAUGCAAUAUAUAUUCUUAAAGGAAAGGAAUUUACAGAAGUAGUUAAGUAUCAUUACAAUCCCACGAAUUGUGUCCCUGCUUUCGCAGAAUAUGGUAGGAAAUGCGCUCUUGCCUACGUAGAUCCACAUAAUGAUUUUAAGAUCAUAAUUCGGGAAGUUAAAAAGCGCUAUUGGUAUUACUAUGGCAACUUUCCAUUGGGUAGGUACGAGACUAGUCUCCCUAAUUUUGUUGAAAAGUGUCAGCAUGAUUUCCUUGGCUUUUGGCCCUAUUCUGAUUAG